AUGGAAGCAAGAAGUGCGAUGCACAUACUCAAUGCUCCAAGCACCAAAAGUCUGAAGUAUGCGAUCCAAUCUGGUCUCAUCAAGAACUGUCCUAUCACUGGAGAAGCGAUCAAUCAUGCCAAAGCAAUCUUUGGACCUGAGGCAUCUACAUUAAAAGGCAAGUCAACAAGACCAACUCCAAAGAAGACACACGAUGACUUCUUCAGUCCACAAGAGGAAUUGUAUCAACAUAAUCGAUCUAUUACCGUCUGUAUUGAUCACAUGGAGAUCGAGAAUGCUAAGUUUCUCACCUGCAUUGAUAGCACUGUGCGUUAUCGCUCAUGUAUUCACAUGCAGAACCUGAAGACUGACCCUGUAUUUGACGCAUUGGAUAAGAUAUUCCGCCGCUACAACAAGGCAGGCGUUCAAGUCAAGACAAUCAAGUGUGAUUGGGCAUUCAUUCCUCUAACGGAUGAUAUGCUAGAGGGUAUGGGUGUUACUAUUGACCCGGCUGCAGCUGGGGACCACAAGCCUACCGCUGAGCGAAACAAUAGGACGCUGAAAGAAAGAGUCAGAGUAGCUCUUGCACGUUUACCCUACAGAGUGGUCCCAAAGGUGAUCACUGAAUGUCUUGGACGUCAAGCCGCCGAGCUAUUGAAUGUCUUUCCCUAG